CCUCCGCCCCUCCGCCUCCUCUCUGCGCCAUGUUUUAGGAAACGUGGCCUUCCUGCAGCAGCCCGGUGGUGCAUGAUUGAGUAAAGACCUCCACCCCCGUCACUGAAGAGGAACCAUGGCUGACACGGACCAAGUCCCGGUCUCGGACCCGGAGGCCGCCGCCGCCGCCGCCGUCCUGGACGCCCUGAACGGCACCGAGGCGCUCAACGCCACGGCGAAGUUCGUCGCCAGCCCGGAGGGCACGGCGCUGGCGUACGGCAGCCUGGUGCUCAUGGCGCUGCUGCCCAUCUUCUUCGGGGCCCUGCGCUCCGUCCACUGCUCCAAGUCUAAGAAUGCAUCAGACAUGCCUGAAACGAUCACCAGUCGAGACGCAGCGAGGUUUCCCAUCAUCGCCAGCUGCACUCUGUUUGGGCUCUACCUCUUCUUCAAGGUAUUCUCACAAGAGUACAUCAACAUGCUGCUGUCUGUCUACUUCUUUGGCCUCGGAGUCCUCGCUCUGUCUCACACCCUGAGUCCUCUGAUGUCCAGAAUCUUUCCAGAGUCUUUCCCUAACAAACAGUACCAGCUGCUCUUCACUCAGGGCUCCGAUGACACCAAAGAAGAAAUAGUCAACUAUGAGUUUGACACCAAGAACCUGUUGUGUCUGGUCAUCGGCGCCGUGGUGGGAGUCUGGUACCUGCUCAAAAAGCACUGGAUAGCCAAUAACCUGUUCGGUUUGGCGUUCGCUCUGAACGGAGUGGAGCUGCUCCACCUGAACAACGUCAAUACCGGCUGCAUCCUGCUGGGGGGGCUGUUUGUGUACGACGUCUUCUGGGUGUUUGGGACCAACGUGAUGGUCACGGUCGCCCGGUCCUUCGAGGCGCCAAUCAAAUUGGUGUUUCCUCAGGACUUGUUGGAGAGAGGACUUGGAGCCAGUAACUUUGCCAUGCUGGGUCUGGGGGACAUCGUCAUCCCAGGCAUCUUCAUCGCCCUGCUGCUGCGCUUCGACGUCAGCCUGAAGAAGAACAGCCGGACGUAUUUCUACACCAGUUUCCUGGCCUACAUCUUCGGACUGGGCCUCACCAUCUUCGUCAUGCACACCUUCAAGCACGCACAGCCCGCUCUGCUCUACCUGGUCCCGGCCUGCGUGGGCUUCCCCGUCGUCGUAGCUCUGAUCAAAGGAGAACUCACAGAGAUGUUCAGGUACGAGGAGACCCCUCCCGAGGACACGGAGGUUAAAGAGGAGUCAGAAACGGAGAAGAAGGACCAAUAGCAUCCACCGCUCUCCUCUUCUUCCUCCCCCAAAUAUGUUUCAUCGAGCCUGCUGCCACCACAUUUCACUGAAGGGCUCCGAGAGACGUUGCCCCGCCCCCUCUGUCCAGGGGGGGCGGGGCAACGUCUCUCGGAGCCAGCGUUGUUUGUCGCUGGCGUUUUGGAACUGAAGGCGGUCACGGUCGUGACGGGUUUCAUCUCAGUUCUUCAGUUUAACUUCAUGAACCUGAACGUCUCGUGUUUUUUUUUAUUUUUUUUAUACGGACUUUAGCCUCAGCCGUUAGCGGCUAACGUUAGCGCUAGCGUCAACGUUAGCCGCCUUUAUGACGUUUUUUCUGCUUUGCAUUUGGUUUGAACGCGUCUUUAGAAUCGAACAGUUUGAAGGAGCCUUUGGUUCCGUCUUUAAAAAGCCCUGAAAGUUGAACUCUGACAGUAAAACAAGUGCUUCUUCAGUUUUCUUUGUGUUUUUAAAGCCUCAAAAACGAACCAUGAUCCUCCUCCUCCUGUAAACCCUCCCGGGUAUCCGAUCCUCCUGUAAACCCUCCCGGGUAUCCGAUCCUCCUCCUGUAAACCCUCCCGGGUAUCCGAUCCUCCUGUAAACCCUCCCGGGUAUCCGAUCCUCCUGUAAACCCUCCCGGGUAUCCGAUCCUCCUGUAAACCCUCCCGGGUAUCCGAUCCUCCUGUAAACCCUCCCGGGUAUCCGAUCCUCCUGUAAACCCUCCCGGGUAUCCGAUCCUCCUGUAAACCCUCCCGGGUAUCCGAUCCCAUCAUCCAGACGUGGUUCUCUGGGUGUUUUGACUUCUGCUUUCUCACCUCAGUGUUUUCAGACUCGCUUCACUUAGUUCAGUGUUCAGAAUGUGAAGAAGACGAAUGGCUGAUUGAUUGUACGGUUGUUUGUUUAGCGUCUCGAUACUGAAUGGAUCGGUUCUCCUUUCUGCGACUCAAAGGGACAAACAUCCUCCUCAUCGUUCCAGUCGACAGGUGAGCGUCUACCUGUCGACUGGAACGACCCCAACGCCUUAGAGUUCUGGUCUUGAGAGGAGUAGAGGGGGGAGGAGGCAGCUGGACCUCCUCUGCUGAACAUCUUCCAGUCCUCGUUCUCAGAUCGGAGAGGCUAAAAAUAUUUUGUCCGAAUCUGAAGCUCAUUAAACGCUGUUCUGAAACAGUACAUUUCUUUAAAGGGUUUUGAGAUUGCAUUUUCUAUUUUUUUCCAAGUCAGAAUUUCCAAAUAAAAGGUCAAAUUCCGACGGCAAAAGUUGUAAUGUUUUUUUAAAACUUUAUUUCAUUUAUAUUAAUUUGAAUAUUGGCAUUUUGGGAAGUAAUUUUAAAGUCAUGUCGCUCCUCUAGUCACAAAGAUUUGGUGUGUUUUCAUUUUCAAGUCUUCCUCACAGAUGGAAAAAAUGCACCUCAGAAAAUAUCUUUAAUUUCUGUGAUGCUGAGAAGAGAAAGGCCUCCGAUUGGACGUGUUUAACGUUAUUAUUCUCGAUGUUAAUCGAUGUUGUUGCUUUAUUAUGAGAUGCACAGUUUUGUAUUUUGAUGUAAAACAUGAAAAUAAGUCAAAGUAUCAUCGUUUUAAAUAUAACAUACCUGAAUUGUUCUUUUGUUUUUUCUUUCUCUCUUGUGCAGGAGGUCGUUUUUACGGCUCCGACUGUCUAUUUUAUUUGCAAUAAACCUUUUGGGUGUUUUGAUCACAGCAUAGAGAAGCAUAA